CCCAUUUUUUUUCUUUUAGUAAAAUCUCUUUGUGGUUUGGAAGCCUCCCAGCUUCCUGCAGAGGAAGCUCUUUCUGGGGUUGGUGAGUCCUGUGACAUCAUCGACAGCAGUGAUGAGAUGGAUGCCCAGGAGGAAAACAUCCAUGAGAGAACUGUCUCCAGAAAAAAGAAAAGCAAGAGGCACAAAGAGGACCUGGACAAGGCUGGAGGAGAAGAGUAUCCCAUGGAUAUUUGGCUAUUGCUGGCCUCCUACAUCCGUCCUGAGGACAUUGUGAAUUUUUCCUUGAUUUGUAAGAAUGCCUGGACUGUCACUUGCACUGCUGCCUUUUGGACCAGGUUGUACCGAAGGCACUACACGCUGGAUGCUUCUCUGCCUUUGCGCCUGCGACCAGAGUCAAUGGAGAAGCUGCGCUGUCUUCGGGCAUGUGUGAUCCGUUCUCUAUACCAUAUGUAUGAACCAUUUGCUGCUCGAAUCUCCAAGAAUCCAGCCAUUCCAGAAAGCACUCCCAGCACAUUAAAGAAUUCCAAAUGCUUACUUUUCUGGUGCAGAAAGAUUGUUGGGAACAGACAGGAACCAAUGUGGGAAUUCAACUUCAAGUUCAAAAAACAGUCCCCUAGAUUAAAGAGCAAAUGUAUGGAACGAUUGCAGCCUCCCAUUCAGUAUGAAGAUGUUCAUACUAACCCAGACCAGGACUGCUGCUUACUGCAGGUCACCACCCUCAAUUUCAUCUUUAUUCCAAUUGUCAUGGGAAUGAUAUUUACCCUGUUUACUAUUAAUGUGAGCACAGACAUGCGGCAUCAUCGAGUGAGACUGGUGUUCCAAGAUUCUCCUGUCCACGGUGGUCGGAACCUGCGCAGUGAACAGGGUGUGCAAGUCAUCCUGGAUCCAGUGCACAGCGUCCGACUCUUUGACUGGUGGCAUCCGCAGUAUCCGUUCUCCCUGAGAGCAUAGUUAUUUCUUCCCAUCCUUUGGGGCAGCCCUGAGUCUAGUCCAUAAGUAAUCAGAUUUCAGUUUGAAGGGGAUGGUUCUAUUGUAUAUCUGAUUAGUAAUGCAUAUGCUCUUUUGGUUCCUGGGGCUCCUAUUAUUGGAGGGAGAAGGGUUGAAUCAAGAGGAAAACAACUAUGGUUUAUAAACAUAUUUUAAUGUAAAAUUUGCAUUUGAAAGGAGAAACCUGGCCCUGUUUUCUGUGUUAAAUCCCAUUUGGUGCUAUUGAGUUUAUUGUUCUAUAUUCUUUCAUCCUAUUGAAAAUGGAUGAUCUUGCUCUAGGGAAAAAUUAAACACUUAAAUCUUCAAGCAAGAAAGUUUUCCCUUAUGGAUCAGAGGAACAGAACCAGAGGCCUAAAAUUGUUAUAACUACUGCUUCCAGUGUAGCUGCCCCUCAAAUUCAAGUGAAUAUUUUCUCAUCUCCCUUUACCUUUCUCCAGAAAUAAAACAGGUGACAGGGUUUUCAGAAUCUUACUAGAUCAACUUGUGAAUCUUUCUUUUAAAAUAAUUCUUGGAUAUUUAUUGCAUAAAUACUGUUUUGCCAGUUUUGGGUUUUAGGGUUCUUUUUUUUUUUUUUUCCCUUCCUUUUCUGCAUGAGGCUGAUAGUGAUAAUGACAUUGUGCCCUUGGUGGGAUACUAGGAACUUUAUGUAGUAUUCUAAUCCUUAUAGUGUUGCAAGGUAGGUGAAACUAUUUCCAGUUUAUAAUUGAGUAAAUGAAUUGGUGACUUACCCAAGGCCAUAACUGCCAAUAAAUGGGCAGAGCUAAGAUCUUUUUUUUUUUUUUUUCCUGAUCCAGGUUUUUUUCGCUAUGCCACAAUUUAAAAAGUCAGUUUCAUUUUUUCUUGUGGUAGAUAAUGGUGAGAAUAGGCAGAAUAUAAUAGAUUUAAAGGUAUAAGGUUGAGAAAAAUUUGAUCAGCCUAAAAAGUAUAUAAGAUUGAUGAAAUAAUCUUUUAAAUAUGUGUUUUUUAGUAAAAUAUAAACUAACCAAGAAAGUUAUUUCAGGAAGGAUAGUGGCAUUUUCAUUAAGUUGUUAGAAAAGCAUUUAUUAUGCUAAAGGUCAUUUUUAAAAAAUGCACUGCAUGUUGAAACCAGCCUCUUAAACCAUAAGCACUUAGUAACUUUGCUUUGCUCUGCCCUGCACUGUACUGCUUCUGUUGUCAGGCCUCUUGUCCAGGUAGAGAUGCUAAUGUCUUCCUGUUGAGCAGAGGACUUGCUAUGGCUGGUGUACUGAGAUGAGGAUGGUGGGUGACUUUUGUUUUUGCUAAGAAAAUAACCUUGCUGCUCCCUCGAAACCCCUAUGAUCCAGGGAGCUGGAUAUUGUCAAGAAGUGGGCAUUAAGAUGACAUUUUUAAACAUGAAAAUUCUGUGGGGGAGAUAUCAUUAAGAGCCAAAUACCUAAAUUAGUAUUUUUUUUCCCCCUUACCAUCUUUCUUACCCUCUGCUAUUUAAAGAAUAUUCUUAGGAAGCAUCUGCCUUAUAUGGUUACUAACAGCUAGCCUUACCCCACAUUGAGGGUGGUACUUAAGCUGUUCAUAGAUAGUGAGCCUGGGUCAGUGAAAAACAGAAUUUGGGUAAAAACAAGCCAAAAAAAUAAAAAUAAAUCUAAGAACAAUAAGCACCUCGCAGAUCUCUACAAUCAAAAGUUACCUCUUUGUGGCAGAAGGAAAGAAGCAUAGUCCCUAGUUCCCUAAACAAAAGAUGCCAUGGAGUGGGAGGAAGUUGUCCUGGUGGAUUGUGUGUCCCCCAUUUAGGAUUUACCUUUAAAAGGGGGGUGAAUAAAUUCAGCUUAAUAAUUGUG